UCAUUAUUGUCAGUUGAGUUGUUUGUGUCUCUUAUCAAUUAAAGACGCGGUUUUAUUUCGUUAUCAGUGCUUCAGGGAAAUUCUAAUAAUAGUUCGAUAAACGAAUAGCGUUUUUAAAUAAAACCAGAUAUGCCUUCAGCCAUGCCCUACACGGACGUACAUCGUGCGUUUCUGCAAUCCAUAUCUCACCAUGGGACGAUGAGUGCUAAACAUGCCUUCAAGACGCUACAGUGCAUAUAUGCGAAAUACCAUGACAGCGAAGAGCUCCCCACGCCAGACGACAUCCCGGACGUGGUAGCCUCCAUCAAUGGAAAAAUCCACCGAUACGACCAGAAGAUUUGCUUCGUCCACUUCGAACCCAACGCUACGGACUUCUACGUUUUCUGCAAUCAAGUUGAUUCGCCGAUCGAUCGGUUGCAGAACUACUACACCGAAUCGGAGACGGCUCUGUUCCGGUUGAUCCUAAGGGAGAUGGCCACCAGUGAAGGGCACAAGCUGAAGCCAAUUGUUUGUCUCAACCUGACGUCGGAAAUCCAUCAGGGAAAGCAGCUCAACAAGAUGCGAGCUGAAGAACUGUUGGAGCAGUGGGAAAGGUUUGGUUAUUUCGUCCUGCUGGAUGGGAUGUGGCAUUUUGGACCGAAGACGGCUGGAGAGUUCGAUCGGUAUCUAACGGCUAACUAUUCGGACCACAUUCAGCACUGCAAGCUGUGCAAGGAAUCGGUGUUCUAUGGUGUCCAAUGUCAGAAGUGUCCUGAUUCAUUCCAUAAGGAUUGUAUGAAAAAGUAUCUAAAACGUUUAACAACUUGUCCUGGAUGUAAAACCUUGUGGUCUACACCUUUGUAGUAAAUUUUAUUGAUACGUUGUGUAAGUAGGUUUUAGUACAUCUUGUUCUCUAUUAUUUUACUACAUCAUUGAUUAAUUGUGUAUGGUAAUUGUGGUCUUAAUAAAAACAAUUUAGCUUUUUCAUAUUGUUUUCAA